AUGGAAGAGCGUGGGGCGAUCAAGCUAGCCAAUUGGGCCGCGACGCACGGCAGCACACAGCAAAGAGGAAAUCGACGGGCGGGGCGGAGCCCGGAGGACGCCGCCGCCGUCUCCGCCGCAAAUCGUCGCGGUCGCCUUCUUCACCCUCCGUCGCCUUCAUCACCGCAAUCAUCACCGUCCGUCAGGGAAACUGCAAUUACUUGCAAGGAAAAGGUCUCUGCUACAUUUGUGUCACCGCCACCCCACCAUGUACAGAUUGCAAGGGUUGGGCAGACCUCCCGGAGGGUCUUCUGGGCUCCAUCAUUGCUCGGCUGGGCCUGGUCUCGUUCUCUGAUCUUGUUGCCUUUUCUGCGACCUGUCGCUCUUGGCGUGCCGCCUUCUCCACCUUCAUACCGCUGCUCCCACCUCUCCUUCUCCGGCCUGAUGUCCCUAUGUCCUUUCCUCCUCGUCCUCCCAUGAUCAACAACCUGGUACCAACACGGCCAUGCCAUGCCACUAAUAUAGCAAACCAAGACACCUACCAGUGCUGUCAGAUUCCCAUACAUAGUAUUUUUGGUGAAAACAAUGCCCCACCAAGUCCUCUAGAAGGGUUUUGCUUCAAUGGUGUUGCCUAUGGUCAUCUCAUUUUCUCAAGAGAUAAAUCAUGCCUCAUUGUUGAUGUGUUCAGAGGUGUUAGUGUC